CGCCAAACGGCACGCGAGCUUGCUUCCUCGACAACUCGCAGGGAACCGGAACAGUGCAGCAGGGCUACACUCCAUCCUGUGAACACGCAAUAGGAAGUACGAUGUCUCGGUAAAUCACCGUUUUACGCCAAUUCGACCUUUCAAUGCCGGCUGUUGCUGCAGCAAUGAUCCCCGCGUCCACCCUGCGGGCGGCCCGCUGCUCGGCCUGCCGCCAGUCGGCACUGCGGCUCUUCCUCAGCAACCUGACAGAAGAAGCCCACGCGCGGAUGCCCACGGGGACUGUCACAAGCCGACGCAUCGCCGCCCCGACAACUGCAGGCUUGGGCGCCGCCGCAUUCUCGACGUUCCGACCCACCGCUCGACUCUUGAGCAGUCCCGCGAUCGAAGAACGGGUCGAGGAGCGGCGCGACAACGGCGACAGGAAUGACAACGGAGAGCCGACCGCCUCCUCUUCCUCCGGGUCCGGCGCGUCGUCGUCAGAUGUACCGUGGUAUCUUCAGGUCGAGGCGCCGCGGCACCCGACGCUGCUGCACGAACCGUCGCCGCUGCCCGACGUGCCCGACGGGUCGCCGAAGCUGAUGGAGCCGCUGCUCAGAUUCGUGGCUGACGAGCUGGGCAUGGACGACUUGUCGCUGCUCGACCUGCGCGCCUUGGACCCGCCCGCGGCGCUCGGGCCGGAUCUGAUCAUGCUCUUCGGGACGGCCCGCAGCGAGCGGCACCUCCACGUCUCGGCGGAUCGGCUGGUGCGGUGGCUGCGCGGGCGCGGCGUGUCGGCCAAGGCGGACGGCCUGCUGGGGCGCAACGAGCUCAAGAUCAAGCUCAAGCGGAUGGCGCGCAAGGCGAAGCUGCUGGGUACGUCGGGGCUCGCGGCGCGCGGCGAAGACGACGGCAUCACCACGGGGUGGAUUUGUGUCAACCUCGGCUUGGUCGGCGGCUCGCACGAGGAGGUCCAGAUGGUGGACGAGCACGGCAGGCCGACGGGCUUUGGGGUGCCGCAGACGGGCACGACGAUCGUCGUGCAGAUGCUGACUGAUUCGCGGAGGCGCGAAUUGGAUUUGGAGACGCUGUGGAGUGACAAGCUGAAACGGAGCAUGGAGAAGGCGGGCUCGUUCGAAGCCGUUGAUGCACCCGUCGCGACCCCGACACGGCCAGCCAGCCGGCCGAUGCUCGAUGGCCGCCGUUCUUUCUCCACAUCGUCGAGGCGGCCGGGGGACGUCGUCCUCUCCGACCUCGUGCGCGACAAUUCCAAUGACAACUUGGCGAUCGCUAUGGCAUCCGACAUUUUGCGACACGAUGUGGACUCCAAACUCGAGAUCCUGAGCCAGCUGAAGGAUUACUGGAGCAGUCUGUCGGAAGAGCAAGCAAACACGGCGCUGGCGAGGAUCGAGGGCAUCCAACCUUCGGGCUUUCUCCGUCUAUAUGAGCGGGCAUUGGAAAACCUCCCACCCCUGGUGGCGUUUGAGCACCGGCUUUGGCUGUGGGACAUCGCACGCGCGCGCGACCUUCCCGGGUACGACGUCGGCGUUGCGAUGGAGUGGCUCAGACAAAUCCAGUUCUCGGGUGAUGUGCUGACGCGCACAACAUGCCUGCGGCUUAUCCAGUCCGUUUUUGGCGUUCCUGCCCGGACCGAUGCCGCCGUCCGGGACCAGGCCGCCCUCGCCAUGCAGAUCAUCGACACGAUGUUCAUCCGUGGCGAGAAGGUGCUCGACCACGACGUGCUGGUGACCGUCAUCGAGGCGCUGGUGCGGAACCCUAGCCCGGCACCGGAAGCUGCACGCCUCCUCGCCCAGUUCGAAACCCUGUUGGCGCAGGCAGACCUCCCCUGCCCGUCCGAGGACUUGCUGGCCCGGCUUCUGCAGGCGUACGCGAAGGCCGGGAAGUGGGAGAGGUUCUGGGACGUGUGGCGCAUCCCGCCGCGGCACUGCCAGCCGAGGUCGCGGCGGCUCUACGCACGCGUCUACAGACUCCUUGCGGAGGACGGCCACCGGGUGCGGAUCAUCCAUGGGCUUCGGCGUUGCUAUUACGAGAUGAAGCAUGAGGAGCCCCCGGUCUUGGCCGACGAAGCCAUCCAGCGCGGUCUGCGGGAUUGCAUCCGCAUCGCUGACCCCCGCGCCGAGGCCAUCGCGAAGAUGGUUACUUCCCUGCAGACGCGGAAGAGUAGGGUCGCAGCGAAUCGAGAGUUCGUGUCCAUGCUGGUUGAAAGCGGGGCUGUUUGAUUUAGACCUUGGACGACUCUGCGAUGUCGCCGCAAUGUCAGGCGUGUCAGGAACCUGGCGAAGAUGCCUUUGUACAUACGAA